AUGAAGAGUUCUAAUAUCAACCUCCUGACUCUAUCAUCAGAUCAGCUUGUUGGUAAUAAAUUAAAAAUAAAUAUGUUGAGACAUACUCGUAGACACACAUCACCAUCUAGUUCCAUGUCUGGAAGUUGGACAACAAUGGAGGCUGACACUUUGUCGCUCCGUAAGGCAGCACCACAAUGGUCAUUAGCGGGAGACAAACAGUUACUUGGCAUGUUAGAAAAGAUACAUCAGACAAUAGUAACAAAAUGUCAAGAUACGAAUGCCCAAUUGGAAGCCAUGGUGGAUGCGCUAGACAAUGCCAGUGUAGAUCUACAAAAUGUAAACAACAAAUUUAUGGCACUAAGCAACAGUCAGUUUGUUGAGAGUAGAGUGUAUGAUGAUGAUGUCGAUGUUGCCGUUGAAAAUAUUCAAAAGCAAGAACCACCAAAAGUACCGACAACAGAAAACAAUACGGAAAAAAUAAAACUAGCGCUACAGAAGCUGGAAUUGAUGCACGAACCAGUGCAUAUUCUGGACAGCGACAGCUCCGACGACGAAGAGGAAACAAGGAUGGUGCUAAAACCAAAAGACAUGUACUCUCACCGACCACUACCAUAUAUUAUUGGAUCCUUCGCUUGGAAAAGCAAAUGGCAUGCGGGUCUGCUACCGGAGGAGAGUGACAGCGACAGCUCGGCGUCGCGUGACGGCGGCGAGGAGCAGUACUCCGCCUCCGAGCCGGAGCCGGAGCCCGACGCGCCGCAACAGCAGACUAUAUCGUCAUCAUCAUCAUCAUCAUCUCUGCUAUCAGAGGAGCCGUCGGUGGUGAAGCAGAAGCCAGCAGAUAUCGCUGCAGAAAUUUCCAGAAGAUUGGCCGGACCACCCGUGAAGGUACCAACAUCUCCGCUUGAAGCUGUGGUCGGAGAACAGCCGGCUCCGGCCGCGGGGAAAGUGUACAGAAUGGACGUGCCUACAACAGCCACAAUCUUCCCAGACGAACCUCCCCCGAUAGACAAUGUGGAAUCUGACUAUUCGGAUGAUGAUAUUUUCGCUGAACUGCACAAAAAGCCACAUCAAAAUAAGCCCAGCCAAUACAAAGCGGACAUAAUGGAUGAUCUCUUCGGGAACAACAUAAGCGAUGAUGUUGGAAAUGUUGAAGGUUAUAUGAAGUCCACGACUGUACGUGACAAGUCGCCUAUUUUCGAUGAUAUUUCGGAAUCAAGACCAAUCACAGAAAUUCCAACACAUAAGCCAAUUUCAGAUACCGAAAGUAAUUUAAAGAAACCUGUCGGAGGCAUUUCAUUAUUUGGAACAAAUAAAGGUGCCGAGAGCAUCGGUGCCGCCAUUUUAAAACGAAACCAACGUAAAUCUUCUUCAGAAGAAGAAACUGAUGUCACAGAUAAUAAACAUAUUGAAAAGGCACAAGGCGAAAAGCCAAAAGAACCUCUUUCAGAUAGUAAAAAGAUAAUUGAAGAUCUAUUCGCUAAACCUGUGAAGAAAAAUGAAAAAGAUUUUAAAAGUAAAAAGCCUGUUGUAAAUCAGGUUAUAAAUAAAGAACCUGCACUCGUACAAAGUGUUAAAACCACAGAUAAAAUAGAUUUGUUUAGUGAUAAUCUGUUUGAUGAUAUAGAUGAUAUUUUCACAACGAACGUCAUUUCAAAACCGAAAGUGGAUAAAAACACGAAAUCUAUUUUUGAUGACGACGAUCUUUUCUCAGAAAUUACAGAAAAAUCUGAGAAACCAAUCAAAAAAGAUACUAAAAGCAUAUUUGAUAGUGACGAUGAUCUGUUCACUGAAAACGAUAAAGUUGCAACGAAAGCUAGUUCUAAACCUGCCACAGCUACCACAUCUUCACAUAAAAUAAGUGAAGAAGCUAACAAAAAAGUAAAGAAUAUAUUUGAUGAUGAUAGUGAUGAUGGUCUGUUUUCCGAUGUUAAAGUGACCAAAAGUAUUAAUACAAAAUCUUUAAGUAGUAAAAUACAAAGUGAUAAUACAAAUACUAAAACAAAUAAAAAUGAUGAAGAAAUUGUUCACAAUAAAGAAAACAGAUUGGAAACAGAUAAAGAUGUAUUGAGUUUUAAUAUUCCUGAAACAAAACAAUUCCAAAGUGCAAGUUUAUUCGAUGAUGAAGAUGAUGAAUUAUUCAAUACCACAAAAAAUAUUGAUCAAAAUAUUAAUAGACCAGAAAGUUCUAGCAAAGUCUUUGAUACUGAUGACAGUUACAAAACUGCAAACAAAGCUAAAGAUGACGCUAAAUCACAAUCUAAUAACAAUUUAGAAAGUAAAGAAGCCUCGAAUGUCACACAGAUGAAAACUAGCGAUACAUUUGAAAAUAAACAGCAGAUUUCAGUAAAAGAAAUAAGCAAAGAAAAUACAACUGAUUAUGAUUCUAAUAUACAAGAUAAUGAAGUCGUGCAAGUCAAUGAAGCUAAUGACGAAAAUAUGUCCACGCCAGAGCAAAAUAAAGAGAAAGAGGAAUGUAAUGAUAUAUUUAAAGAUAAUAUUUUAAAAGAUGAACCUAAUUUGAACAGAUUAACAAAUGUAUCCAACACACAGCAACAGUCGCAAGACUUACUCUCUGAAUCUAAAGAACCAGACCUGUUCACUGAUAUUUUCGCGGAUUUACCUCCAGCUUUUGAAAAACCAAGUGAACCAAAAAAAAGUAAAAAUGUCAACGCAUUGUUCGAUGAUGAUUCUGAUGAUGAGACAUUAUUUUUCAAAAAAGAUGAUGUUAUUAGUGAUGAGAAACCAGAGAUAAACUUUGACAAUGAUAGGUUUACAAUAUUUCAUGACGAACCUCCAGAUAUUGAUGUAGAUUUUUCUCAAAAACCGUUAAAGACAUCACACGAUAUGCUCAAAGAUAAUAUAUUCAAUGAAGAUAAUUUUAAAGAUGAAGACGAUGAUAAACCUAUGGAAUACGUACUACCUCAAGACUUAGACGAUACAAUCACUAAAAGUGAUAGCAAUACCGAAGCAGUGCAUAGUUCAAACACAAAAGAAGAAAUCAAAAAGGAAAAUAUAGAUAUUUUAAAACUUUUAGAAGAUGAAAAGGCUGAUGGUGAUAGUGACAAAUUAAAACAUAACAUUUUUCAAGAUGAUAUUAAAAUAGAGAGAAAAGAAACACAAUCAAAUGAAGAUAAUUUAGAUUCUUCAGGAGAAUACGAAACUAAAAAACCAAUAGGGAAACUUAAACCUAUGAACUUCAACAUUAAUGUCAGUACCUUAUUACCAGGCGCUUCGCCUAAAAAAUCUAAAGCAAAUGAAGAAAUAGACGGACAAAGUGUAUCGACCAAGAGUAAUGAAGAAUUAAAUAUACACAGCCCAUCAAGAGACUCGAAAAGUGAGUCUUUAGACUCUAAAAUGGUGAAAUCAGUUAGUUUUGAUGGAGAUCCAGAUUCGGAAGUUUUAGAUAACAAAUUGUCUAAAGAAAGAGCUAAAAUCCAGGUUAAAAGACGUCCCUCAACACGAAGAGCCAGAUUAGAAGCUGUUAGAAAAUCUAGAAUAGAUCUAGGAUCUGAUUCGACAGAUAAUUCAGGUUCUUUUGAUGAGUCUAUGCCUAGAAAAAAUGAUAUGGAUGAAAUUGACAGCAGUUUAGAAACAUAUAAAAGUAAAAACAGAUCAGAGGAAAAUAGUGUUUCAAUGCACACAGAAUUUAGAAAUGUAGAUAAUAAAAACACAACAGUUAACAAAAAUCUAGAUACUAAAACAGAAGUUAAGUCAAAAAUCGUGUAUAUAUUAAACGAUGAAGAUAUAUUUUCUAAUACUGCAAAUAAACAAGUAACCGAUGAUGAGCCAAAUAAAAAAGUAUUAAACAUCGUCGAUGACGAUGAUGAAGAUUUAUUUAAACCAACAAAAAGUAGUUCUCAAAAAGAAAAAGAUCGUAAUUUAGCAGUAAUUGGUGCAUCUAGUUUGAAAGAUACUGGAACGGAAAGUACAAAAGAGCAGUUUAACUCUGAUAAGUCGUUAUUUUCUAAUCCUACAGAUAAAGAAGUGAUCAAUGAUAAACCAAAUAAGAAAAUCUUAAACAUCGAUGAUGAUGAUGAUGAAAAUUUAUUUAAAGCAACCAAUAAUAAUUCUCAAAAAAAUAAAGAAAAAGACUUAAAAAGAAUAGAAGCAAACAAUACGUUAAGUUUGAAAGAUACAGAAAAUGUUACCAAAAAAGACGUAAUUCAACAUAAAAAAUCGCUUUUCGAUGAUUCUGACGAUGAUGAAGAGCUUUUUAAAAACAAUAAAAUAGAUAAAGUAAAAAAAGCUAAAAUUUUCGAUUCGGAUAGUGAAAACGAAUUAUUCGCAAAUCAAAAGAAAAUUGAAAAGAAAGAAAUACGAAAAGGUCCCUUGUUUGAUGAUGAAAGUGACGACGAUCUGUUUGGAACAAAAACCGCGAAAGUCUUUGAUACAAAAACGCAACCAUCAAAACCCAAAGAAACAAAAAGUAAGUCAACGGAACCUGUGUUCGAAGACCCCUUGUCUAUGUUAGAAGAUGACAGC